UAGGACGUAAUUGUCUUAUUUUUUAAGUAACGUCUGUAAUAUAUAAGAUAAUAUCUAAUCUAAAUACUGUAAACUAUAUACCAUAGGCCCUAAAUAGAUCUAAACCUAGACGUAUAGUAUAGAGAUAUUAUUAAACUAGCUCUACUAUUGUAACCAGUAAUGAAUAUUCAUGGCUCGCGGGCCAACUCCAGCUCAGUGGAAUAUAUUUAUUGAAAGAUUGAAUCUGUCCAUAACAAUUUUAAAAAUAUUUAAAGUUUUAAAUUUUAAAUAGAUAGGCCCCUAUAUAAUAAUAACAAUACCCGAUUACACUCAUUAAAAUAUUUAAAUAGGAGCUGAUCUUUUCUGUCACGAGAACAAAUUAAAUUUUAGAUAUAUGCCUAUUGAAAAUAUAUGGGUGCCAUUUAAGAACUCAAACAACUUGUUUUAUCUGGAAUGAAGAAAAAAUAACGUAUUCUACCAAAUCUUAUAGUCUAAUUAUGCUACCAAAAGUGCUGCUAGCUUAACAGAACAACAGUUGCUGGGAAAUUAUCUAAAGAGAUUCAUUGCUCUUAUCGAGAUGCCGACAACUUUCAUAGUGAGGAAAAUAAGAAAAAAAUGGCCUCGGGCUACCCUUUAACUGAUGAGGUCACAGAGACAGUUUGUGUAGAAACACAAACUCAAAUCGGCCCCCGAAGUGAUCUACCCAGGCAGGAUAGAAUACCUUGGCUCCUCGCUAUAUACGGUUACAUAAAAAGUUUAUCAGAUUCUAAUACACCAGGUAUUGUAACUUGCUCGGCGCUGAAACGAAAGUAUAGGGACAUUUUGGUAUUUGGCGAGGACGCUUUAAGAAAGGAACAUGCUGGCACUCAGGAGAACGGUUGCCCUGUACUCUUUGUCUACCUCAAAGGCUCACCUACAUUGAUUUCUGCCCGUCUAAAGGAGCGCAAAGGUCACUUCAUGCCCGCCGAACUCCUCCAGUCACAGAUUGACAUACUAGAGGAGCCUGAUGAGUUCGAAAGACAUGUAACAGUUGAUAUAGACUGCUCUGUGGAUACCAUUGUUUCUAGUAUAAUAAAACAUAUCAAAUAGA